AUGUCAGCCCUGAGCCGGACGUGUCGUCCAAAGGCAGUGUUGAUAGGAUUGGUGUCAACAGUGGUUGUGUUGACUCUGUUUGUCAUCAUUUAUAAGAUCGGAAACUCGAGAUUCAGAGCAAACAAAGACAAAGAGAAUAAUAAAGUUGUCUUCAAUUUCGACAAACUUUUGCCUAAAAAAACGAAACUCUGUUUUACACCCACACUCUUACCGAUGCCAUUGUUUGGCGCCAAUGAGUUCAACCCCGAUGUGAAAGUGGUUCGCGUCGAGGGAUCUUUCAAUCAUUUGGCGGCGAUUACCAAUAAGGGCGACCUUUAUAUGUGGGGUAAGAAUACGGACGGAUGUUUAGGUCUCGGCCAUAGAGCCGACCAAUACUUCCCUUUUAGGGUCUGCGUUCCGGCGUUUGUACGCAAAGUGAGUCUCGGAAUUAAUCACACGAUUAUAAUCGGCUCUUCAUUAGUAUAA